AAGGUCUUAUUCAUAAUGAUCCUGGCUUUUCAAACAAAUCUAAAACUUUACAAAGACCAGUUUGGCAACAAUUAGCUUUUACAUUAAAACAGUUAAAUUGUAAUGGAAAUGGUGCUUCUGUUGAAAAAUUUGCAAGACAAUGGGGUUUAGAAAUUGGUACUGUAAUUAAAUAUACAAAACAAGUUAUAGUAGCUAUUAAUUCAAUCGAUGAUAAUUAUGUUCAAUGGUUUAAUUUUUUUGAAAGACAACAAAUUAGUAAUCGAAUAGAACAAUUAUCAGAAUUUAAAGGAUGUAUUGGAUUUUUAAAUGAUACUAAUGUUGUACUCAAAUACAAACCUUCAGUAGAUGAUUGUGGUUAUCAACUUACUCCAACUACAAUUGUUCUUUAUAAACAGCCACAAGCUAGGAAGGUUUGGGUAUUUGAAUGGUAUAAGAACUCAAAUUAUAUCAAAAAAAAUUUAAAAUUUGUUUUAGAUAUUAUAAAGACAACAAUUAUUCUUUAUAAUUUAGCAUUAAAUAACAAUGAUAUUUGGGAAGAAACUUUAAUUAAAACUAAUUUAAAUUUAAUAAAUCCUGAUAGUUUAAUGGAUAAAAAUUUAAAUAAGGCUGGAAAAAAAAUGUGA